AUGGACCGGCAGUAUGCCGGACUAACCAAGUUAGCCCUGGGCGUCCUCACCUUCAACUCGGUGCUCGCCAUCUACAACUCCUGGGGCGACGCGAGCUCCGUCUCGUUCGUGCUCGCCGCGGACGCCAUCCUCGUGCUGCUCUUCCUCUGCCUCCGUGCGUUGGAGCAGGAGCGGGGCGGCAGGGGCAGGGAUAUCAGGACCAGAGCCGCGGUGUGGACGCUGACGACGCUGCUCUCGGCCAUGUUCGCGUCAAGGGUGGCGCCGCUGAUGCCACCGGUCGUCGCCGCGAUUGUCUGGGCGAUGGCCGUCGCCACGGCCGCCGGCGGCUUUUGGGCGUUCUUCCUGAACUGA